AUGCUUCACCUAAAAAUCAAGAACGAAGCUUGGGACUUCUGGUGGAUCGACUGGCAGCAGGUCGAGCACCCAACGACCCCGAGCAUCGAUCCAUGUGGCUCCUGA